AGCCAGGAAGAGGCCGUGUCGUCACUUCCGUCAAACAUUCAACAUGGAUUCCUGCGGCUUGAAGCUGAACCUCUGGGGGAGCGGACCGCAGCCGGGCCAGCUGUACUCCCUGCCCGGCCGCAGCCAGGCGGCGGCGGCCGGCCCGGUGCGACACACGCUUAACCCCAUGGUGACCGGGACGUCGGUGCUGGGCGUGAAGUUCACCGGCGGCGUGGUCCUGGCCGCAGACAUGCUGGGCUCCUACGGCUCCCUGGCUCGCUUCAGGAACAUCUCCAGGCUGAUGAAGGUGAACAACAACACGAUCCUGGGCGCGUCUGGAGACUACGCCGACUACCAGUACCUCAAACAGGUCAUCGAGCAGAUGGUUAUUGACGAGGAGUUGCUGGGUGACGGUCACAGCUACAGUCCGAAGGCGGUUCACUCGUGGCUGACCCGGGUCAUGUAUAACCGCCGCAGCCGGAUGAAUCCUCUGUGGAACACCGUGGUGAUCGGCGGCUUCUACAACGGAGAGAGUUUCCUCGGUUACGUGGACAAGCUGGGCGUGGCCUACGAGGCUCCCACAGUGGCCACUGGCUUUGGAGCAUACCUGGCUCAGCCCCUGAUGCGGGAGGUGGUGGAGAACAAGGUGGAGAUCAGUAAGCAGGAGGCCCGGGAGCUGGUGGAGCGCUGCCUGAAGGUGCUGUACUACCGCGACGCCCGCUCCUACAACCGGCAUGAGAUCGCCAUAGUAACGGAAGAGGGGGUGGAGAUCAUCGGCCCGCUGUCCUCGGAGACCAACUGGGACAUCGCUCACAUGGUCAGUGGGUUUGAAUGAAGACUCUGCUGGAAGUCCUCGCCAAGCUCCUGUGUCGCCGCCGCCGCUCUCACACGACUCGGCAGCCCCUGCUUCAGUUUCACUUUGUUUCUGUUUAUUGCCACUUUUGUAAAAUGAAAAAUAAAUGUCAUUAAAGUAAAA